CUAUGGAGAGAGGAAUAAAUUGUCGAAGUUUCGGGCCGAGAGCCUUCGUCAAACAAGAGUCUCGGACUGAAACAUCAACGGAUAAGAUGCUCCCGGACAUGCUGAGUUCCUCCAGCACUUUGCGUGCGCUACUCCGGAUUUUCCAGCAGCAUCUCUUGUGUUUGGGUCCAUUCUUCUACCUUUCCUUACCCUGAAGCAUCUCUCAAGCUGGGUUUUAAAUAUGUCCUGUCAAUCCUGUCCUCCCACAGCCUCAUUCUCAGUCUCCCCAGUCCUGGACCAUCAACUGGAGCUGCAAAUGGACUCACCACAUCAUCUGUCGCCACUGCCAUCUUCGAGCCCGAGGGAGCUGCUGGCCCCCUGCGGCCCUCCGCCGGGGGAAGACGAUGCUCCCUGCCGACCGCCCCUUCCCCACAUGCCCUAUCACGACGAGUUUGCGUCAGUACACGUCGGGUCUGAGGCCGCAUCACUGGUGACCCCGCGAGAGCACAAGCACCAGGCGAAAGAAGACCAGAACGAGCCCGUGGCCAACGGGAAGAUGAAGGGGGAACUAGCACUGACGGUCGGGUGCACGGGUCGCAGAGGAAGGAUGAGUGCAGAGGAGCAGAUGGAGAGGAUGAAGAGGCACCUCCAAGCACGGGGUCAGGACCGGGCCAGGACAGGCCGACCGGCCCAGAGGAGCGUGCUCAUGUCGCCGGUUGUGAAGGCAGCAGCCCCAGGACCCCACUCCAGGACCCCUCUGACCAGAAGACCGCAGACCAGCCACGUGUCAGGGGCCCAGCUCACUACCGGCGCGCUGACGCCUCGAUCCAGCCCGAGGCACUCUCCGAUAGCCACCACGCAGGCAGCAGCGACGGAGAUGGCAGGGGCGCCAACCGCGGUCACGUCGAGCAAGCUGGUGACGAGGAUAUUGGCCCCUCCCGCAAGGGUGGAGGGCCAGGAGAGAGACAGCAGCCGGGUGAUUCGAAGAGAGUGUAAAGUCGCCUCGGCUGCGCGGUACAUUCAUACGGACCCUGACCCACCACUGAGCCCAGAGCAACAGCAAGGGAAGCAACGGACACAGGAGAAGGUCAAGACUGUGAUCACAAAGACCAGUCCUGGGGUAGCGGGGAGCUGGCCCCCCAGUGACCGAGCCACACACCUGGGAGAAGGAGAGAGGCAUCGGAUUGUUAGCUUGUCCUUCGCUCUCGCCACUGAAGCCUGCCAGCGCAGAAAAGUUAUGGCAGCUAAAACUUUAGCAGAGCUGCAGAAGUGGGAUGAGGUGACGGAGAGCCAGAGGGUGAAGAACAGAAGGCAGUCCGACAAUGGCGAGUCUGAUUGGAAAACGCCGGAAAAUGUCCUCAUUUUAGCACAGCACAAAGUGACAGCCAAUCCAAACUCAGGGUGCCGCCAAGAAUCGGCCAAUCCAAAUUCAGGACAGGAGGCCGUUGUUCAGGGAGACAGACAAGCCCCACCAAUCCAAGAGCAGCACGUGAGAGGGGGCGGGAUCUCAGCCUGGGAGAAUGGAACGACUCUCCAGUCAGUCUGAACUGGAGCUCAACAGGCAGAAUAUUCAAUAACCCUCAAUCCAUUUGUGGUGUAGGCUGUUGUCCUGACCGGGAGAAACUGGUUGGAGAGCAAGCAGCUUAGAACACAAGGCCGCAAAUAGCCCGGCUGUGCCGAGGGUGGGCAAGACCAUUAUUAAGGCUAACAUACCGCACUGAAUCUCCAAGGGACUAAUUGAAUCGCCAACUCCAGGCUCUUUGUUGCUUGCUUGUUCUGUUAAUCUGCUCCAGGCUGGGCCACCGCCCAAGGUGGAGGAUGUCAUGUUAGAUCAGUGACAGGAGAGCGGAAAGGGCAUCUGGCUCAUCCUGAGGGUCAGGACGAUGUGGGACUGGAAUCGAACAUCGCGGUGGUGUUUCUGAUUUACGUCCCACGGUGACGGAGCGGAGGUUAGAACAGCCCAAAUUCAGGAGAAGGUCUGGAGAUCGUCUCUGCUUCCAAGGACACACCUCUCCAGAUGUCCUGUUGCUGAAUUAAGUUGGAAUCCGCCCAGUGCUGUCACUCUCCCUGUCCAGCGAUACCCACCUUGGCCAAUCUCCACACCACUUCCUUAACGACCCUACUGCCCCCACAGUGGGCAAUCACUAACCCUUCACUUCUGGCAGUUUGUGGGGACCGCUGGCGGAUCACUGAUCCCUGAAAACCCUCCGCACCGAACUAGCCAGAGGUUGGAACUAAUCUUACACUAAGCUGGAAUUUAAAACAAAAAAAAAUCAAUAUAUUUCAAUUAACAGAGAACUAAACUCUUUAAACAGAAAACGGCGGAGAUCCUGCGGGAAGAGGGAAAGAGGAGUUUGUGUUUUGGGUUGAGGACUUUGCGUUGGAAUUGGGAAAUGUGUGAGAUUAAAGAGCACAGGCCAGGUUAAAGAAGGCAAGGAGAGUGUGAAAAGCUACAUGGAGGGGGAGGUUAGUGACUUUGAAAGAUUUGUGUAAAGCGAGGGAGGGUGGCAAUGGGAUAAGUGGGAGGGUCGCAGAUAGGAACAGGUGAAUCAUUACCAGCAAUGGUAAUCUGAGAAACCAUCAAACGUAGGAGCUGAAUUAGGCCAUUCACCCCAUCAGGUCUGCUGCUCCAUUCCAUCAUGGCUGAUUUCUGAACUCCAUUCUCCUGCCUUCUCUUUGUAACCUUUGACCCCCUUGCUAAUCAAGAACCAAAUAAGACAGGAGCAAUGUUACAGUAAAAAUGAAAUCGUUGAGUCUGUAACAGGGUAAUGCUCGUUACUAGCCAGGCCUUGCUGAGUUCCUCUGCAAGUUUAGAUUCUGUUUCUAAGGUGUGAGAAUGGGAAGCUACAAUAACAGACAUCACGACAGCAAACAUCGGGGUGCAGAUGGGGUAAACGGGGUACUGAUAGGGAGAAUGCUUGCAAUCUGUUUCCCAGGGGUGUGGAAUCAAGACCUAGGCGGCACAGGUUUAAGUUGACGGGGGUAAGUUUAAUAAGGGGGGGCAACUGUUUCUCCCCGAGGAUGGUCUGAAGUAAACUUGCAGUAGGCAAAGCAAUAACUUGUGUUCUGAAGAUUUACCUCUAAUCCGAGAGGAAACUGGGAGGCGAGUGAUGAAGACCAGGGAAGUGUCAGGGCUAUGUUGCCCUGUUCUUUCCAGAGGAAGUGGUUGAAGCAGGUACAUUGGCAACAUUUAAAAGUUACUCAGGUACAUGGAUGAGAAAUGUUUAGAGCAGGGGUUCCCAACCUGGGGUCCAUGGACCCCUUGCUUAAUGGUAUUGGUCUAUGGAAUUAGAAAAAAGGUUGGGAACCCCUGGUUUAGAGAGGUAUGGGUCAAACACAGGCCCAUAUACCAGAGGGCAUGCAUUGAAGAUGAGAAGAGGGUAGGUUCAAAGGGGCUGUGAGGGGUAAGUUUUUUUUUGCUCAGAGAGUGGUGGAAGCCUGGUAUGAUGGUGGAGGCAAAUACAUUAGAGGCUUUUAAGAGACGUUUGGAUAGACACAUGGAUGGGAGGGAGAUGGAGGGAUAUGGACAUUGUGUAGGGAGCAGGGAUUAGUGUUUGGGUGUUUUUGAUUUGCUUUUUAGCUGGGUCAGCACAACAUUGUGGGCCGAAUGGCCUGAACUUGCGCUGCACUGGUCUAUGGUCUAAGUUUGACUAUCUCAAACGGGCGUCUUGGCCAGCAUGAACGAGGUGGGCCGGAGGGUCUGUUUCUGCGCUGUACGGCUGUUACUCUGAAUGAAGCAAAUAGUCAGUUCAAGAUGCCUUCGUGUUUCCUCUCUUCAGUUGUUGCCUUAGUGAGGGUGGAGGGAAAGUGCUGCUAGUCGUGUUUUUAAAGGGAAGAGAGUGCUGUUUGACAGUGACAAUGACGGGGUAUUACAGGGUGAUUGAUGUACAGUUUGAGGGGGAGCCUGUGAGUGGUCCGCCUGCUGCUUGCAGGUUCAAAAAGCUUUAGCCAUUGACACCAGUGUACCUCCGUUGCUGGAGAAGGCUGAACGGGUUGGAGAGCUGACUUUGAGGAAUGCUUUCUAUAAGAUGGCGAGCAGGAGGUGCAGACACCUGGUUGGGUUCUGUAACAGAGCGGACUAUAGCAAUAACAACAAAGUACUCUGCAGGUGCUGGAAAUCCAGAGCAACACACACACAACGCUGGAAGAACUCAGCAGGUCGGGCAGCGUCCACGAAGGGAAAUAAACAGUCGAUGUUUCAGGCUGUGAUCCUUUAUCAGGACUGGAAAUGAAAGGGGAAGAAGCCAGAAUAAGGUGGUGGGAGGAGCGAAAGAGUGCAGACUGAGGGGUGUUAGGUGAAGUCAGGUGAGGGGGAAGGUGGUGGGUGGGGGAGAGGGGAUGAAAUGAGAAUCUGGGAGUUGAUAGGUGGAAGGGGUAAGGGGCUAGAGAAGAAGAACACAGAUAGGAGCGGUGAGUGGUAAUAAUACAUUAACUGGCAAUAGAAGGUGAUUAAUAGUCAGACAAGGGGGUGGAGUUGAGAGGAAAUGUUUUUGGUAAGUUUGCAGUCCAAUGAGAGAUCAGGAUGAUAGUGAAUAGUUGGGAGAGUUUGAGAAUAUGUUAGGGAUCAUGAAGCUGAUAUUUCAGGAAAUGCCAACUAAUUUCUCAGGGAUAUUUUCCAAAGGUAUUUGAGUUCAGUUUAAUGAGGCCUUUGCUGUUCCUUGGGGUUAGAAAUUGGGAUUGUGUUUGGGGUUAUGACAUAGGGGUACAAUGUUAAUGCUUUAAAGGAAAGAAUUUUGAGUAGGCCCUGUUCUUUUGGCUAAACCUACCUUUCCAUUGACUAAUUUUGACCAGAUGUCCUUGGGUACAACCCCUUGUCAUGGCUAAGCAUUGGGGCAGAAGGCUUCCUGUUUCACAGCCAAAGGGUUGUCCUUCACACCUGGUAUGCAUGGGGCCUCUUUUCCCCCUCUGCCAGUCCAAAGCCAAGUAAUUACCCUGGGAAGGUUAUGGAGCAGCCCAUGUUAUAGGGCUGUUUCUAGGCUGAAGGAGCUGAAGUCAGUUUCACUCCCAACCACAUGAUAUCCCUUAAUACUGAACACAACACCAACCUGGAGAAAAUGAUGCAAAGAGUGGAAUGAAAUAGAUAUUUGACUUCAGUGUUCAUCGUAAGAUCUGUACAUUGUAUUAAAGAAACUUCUGCUUCAUCUUCUGGACAAUUUUUAAUGUUUGCUCU